GUGUGGUGAACAUUUGUAGAUGUGGUUGUUCCUAGAUAAGACGGAUAGUAGGCGAAAAGAAGAGUUAACUAACGAACAUGACCAUGACAACUGUUGGUUGUGUGUAUUUCGGUAUUCUAACGUUUCUGUUCUGUUUUCAUCAGGCUCUACGUAAGUAAAUUAUUUAUAUUUUAAAUGUUACAAGGAGUGAGAUCGAGAAGCACAGAAAUAUAGAGAAAGAACAGGAUAUAAAGAGAUAGAAAGAGAGAGAGAGAGAGAGAGAGAGAGAGAGGGGGGAGACUGCAUAGAUAGAAAGAAAGAGAGUGAGAUAUAGAGAAAAAGAGAGAUAGUAAAAUAGAGGGAAAGAGAUGGAGAAAGGGAAAGAAAAAGAGAGAUAAAGAGAGAAAGAGGGAGUGAGAUAGUUAUAAAGAAAGAGAGUGAGAUAGACGGAAAGAGAAGGAGUAAAGAAGAGAGAGACAGAGAGAGAGAGACGGAAAGAGAGAGAGAGAGAGAGAGAGAGAGAGAGAGAGAGAGAGAGAGAGUAGUGAGAAUUAAAGGUCUAAGAUUUAAAAUUACCUGAAAAUAUGGACUAAGAACAGAGAUAAGAAUUACUUUUUUUUUUCUUUUGUCUAUGAAAGUCAAGAGAUAAGGCUUUUUUACGAUAACCGUUCGUAAAAUACACAUUUUUAUAAAUGAAUGAACCAUAAAAAUUGAGUUCCCGAUAAUGCUUUUCAGAUUUUAAUUGGUAUUAAAAUGUAUUAUUUUAAAAACAACAAAUUCCUAUUUUCAUUCCCCACUCCCCCGCUUACAGUUUCAAGUGUUGUAUUGAACGCCCAGCCUGCAACCCUCGACUUACUCACCACAGAACACCUCACAGUCAACUGCUCGUACGCUCACAGCAACACUUCAAGAGUUCAAGUGUUGAUUUCAUUAUUUCUUUCAUGGUCCAAUGAUUCGACUCGACCAUUCCAGGACGUGGCCUCCAUCAACGUAUUCUCUCAUGGUCAUCCAGUCAAUGUGUUGACCCCCGGGGACGUCUUGGCCUCUGGCGAAAUCAACAUCGAGGGGCAAUCCUACGUGCAGCUCCGGUGGGUUCUUCCGAAUGGGGGCCAAGUGGGUUUUUACAAAUGUUCGGCCGAGGGAACCGACAACGUGGGUCACAAUGUCAUCGAGUCUGACGUCAUCGAGGUUAAAGGCAAAACGCUGGAUAUGAACCAGCUGUUACUGGCGAUCAGGAACAUCACGUUUCGACAGAAAGAAACGGAAGAGACCUUGGAAGAAUUGAAGAGAAAUAUCGCAAGCCUGACGAGUCUGUCGUGUAACAACACUGAAGUCCAGUCCGUCAUUUUUCCGAGCAUCCAACAUUGGUUGAACACAAACGCGUUGUCUUAUUUGUAUUCAAACCAAGAUGUUUACUACUUAUCAAGACUACAGUUCCUCAGUGUCGCGAAGGCUCAAGAGUUCUGUGAAAUUAUCGGAGGUUACCUGAUAGAAAUAGAUGACAUUACUGAAUACACAAGCAUACUACCCAUGCUGUCUGGGAUAGGAAACCAUUCGGCAAUCGUUUACACCGGUGGGACCGAGGAACAGGGAGAAAAUCACUGGGUGUUCAGAACAAGCGGAAGGCCAGUAACGUUUUUUAUAUGGACCUACGGUAAAGAUUUUACAAGCUCCGACUACAACUGCUUAGCAUUGUACCAGGAACAUGGCUGGGAAAUGUCGGAGACUUUUUGCUCGAAUCAGCAUUAUACGUACUAUGCCUUAUGCGAGCGUGCCAUAUAGAGUGAAAUAAUUACUAGGAAAUUUCACUUUAACUGUCCUUGGUUAGGAUAUGGCUUAAUUGUGAAACAAACUCCAAGCCUUUAAACAUUGCACGUCGAGAUGAAUUUAAAAUUUAUCAUGAAUUUGAUUGAGCCAUAAUAAAAUCUAACAUUGGAUUCCUUUGUAGAGUGCCUAUAAUUUUAAUACAUUUAUACCAUACGUCUGUUAUAUGAUAAAACGUGUGAGAGAAUAAUUACAUAGAUGUGCAUUUCGUCAAAGAAUUUAAUAUGUUUAAACUAAGUAAAACCUCUUUGUCUUUAUUUUGUCUUGGAUUCCGUCGGUGGUUAAUUAAUUUAAAGAUUUACUUUGAAGUUUGCACUUUGAAAC